GUCACGAGGCCGAGCGUGAGCCGCUCCGUACACCGCGCAUGCCCACGACGCAAUCAGGUUCCGGCGAAAGUGCCCGGAAGUAACGGCCGCGCCAAGAUGGCUGCAGAGGAGGGAGCCGGCAAUGCUGCUUCCGCCGGCGGUAGCCGGGGCGCCGCGGCCAUGGGGCGGGUUCUACCGAUGCUGUUGGUGCCGGUCCCCGCCGAGGCGAUGGGGCAGCUGGGCUCACGGGCGCAGCUGCACACACAGCAGGAGGCUCUGGGGAGCCUGACGGCUGCGGGCAGCCUCCAGGUGCUUUCUUUGGCGCCUGGCAGCCGGGGCCGGGGUCGCUGCUGCCUGGAGGGCCCCUUCUGGCACUUUAUAUGGGAGGAUUCUCGUAACAGCAGCACACCAACUGACAAGCCCAAACUGCUCGCUCUUGGUGAAAAUUAUGAACUGCUUAUCUAUGAAUUUAAUUUGAAAGAUGGAAGAUGUGAUGCAACCAUUUUGUAUAGCUAUAGUGGGGAGGCAUUGCAAAAGCUCAUUGAAGAUCAAGAUAUCAGUAUUUCCUUACUGUCUUUGAGAAUCCUGUCAUUUCACAAUAACACAUCAUUGUUGUUCAUCAACAAAUGUAUCAUCCUACAUAUUAUAUUUCCUGAAAGAGAUGCUGCAAUUAGAGUACUCAACUGUUUCACACUACCUUUGCCUGCACAGGCAGUGGACAUGAUUAUUGACACGCAACUCUGCAGAGGAAUUCUUUUUGUUUUGAGUAGUUUAGGCUGGAUCUACAUUUUUGAUGUUGUGGAUGGUACGUAUGUAGCUCAUGUGGAUUUAGCACUUCACGAAGAAGAUAUGUGUAAUGAGCAGCAACAGGAGCCAGCCAAGAUUUCUUCAUUUACUUCACUGAAAGUGUCUCAAGACCUCGAUGUUGUAGUGAUUGUCAGUUCAUCCAACUCUGCAAUUGCUCUUAACUUAAAUUUGUAUUUCAGGCAACACCCAGGACACCUACUGUGUGAAAGAACACUAGAAGACCUUCCUAUUCAAGGACCUAAGGGGAUAGAUGAAGAUGAUCCUGUUAACUCUGCCUACAACAUGAAACUGACCAAGUUUUCUUUCCAAAUUGAUAGGUCUUGGAAAGCCCAGCUAUCAUCAUUGAAUGAAACAAUAAAGAACUCCAAACUGGAGGUUUCCUGUUGUGCUCCGUGGUUCCAGGAUAUUUUGCAUUCAGAGUCACCUGAAUCUGGUAACCACAGUACAAGUGUGCAGAGCUGGGCUUUCAUUCCACAGGACAUAAUACAUGGGCAAUAUAAUUUUCUACGGAAAGAUCAUGCCAAGACCUGUGAUCCAGGAAGAUCAUGGAAGAUAAUGCACAUCGGUGAACAAGAGGAACCCAUAGAUCUUAAAUGUGUGUCUGUGACAGGAUUCACUGCACUGUUUACUUGGGAAGUGGAAAGGAUGGGCUAUACCAUUACCCUCUGGGAUUUGGAGAACCAGGGCAUGCAGUGUUUUUCCCUUGGCAGAAAGUGUAUUCCUGUAGACAGUAUUGGAGAGCAGCAACUGUGCUUUGUUUUGACAGAGAAAGGACUCUCUCUGAUUUUGUUUGGUUUGACACAAGAAGAGUUUUUAAACAGACUCAUGAUCCAUGGAAGUGCCAGCACUGUGGACAUUCUUUGUCAUCUCAAUGGCUGGGGGAGGUGCUCCAUUCCCAUACAUGCACUAGAGGCCGGGAUAGAAAAUCGUCAGCUGGACACAGUAAAUUUCUUUUUGAAGAGCAAAGAAAAUCUUUUUAAUCCAUCCUCAAAAUCUUCUGUAUCUGAUCAGUUUGAUCACUUUUCAUCCCAUUUAUAUUUAAGAAAUGUGGAAGAGCUGAUGCCAGCAUUGGAUUUACUUUGCUCAGCAAUUAGAGAAAGUUAUUCUGAACCCCAAAGCAAACACUUUUCAGAACAAUUGCUUAAUCUUACACUGUCUUUCCUUAACAACCAAAUAAAGGAGCUUUUUAUUCACACUGAAGAACUAGAUGAACAUCUGCAAAAAGGAGUGAACAUUUUGACUAGCUACAUUAAUGAACUUCGAACCUUCAUGAUAAAGUUUCCUUGGAAGCUAACAGAUGCUAUAGAUGAAUAUGAUGUACAUGAAAAUGUCCCCAAAGUAAAGGAGAGCAAUAUAUGGAAGAAACUCAGCUUUGAGGAAGUUACUGCCAAUGCCAUUUUAAACAACAGAAUACCAGAGGCACAGACUUUCUUCAGGAUUGAUAGUCAUUCUGCUCAGAAACUUGAGGAGCUGAUUGGCAUAGGCCUAAAUUUGGUCUUUGACAAUUUAAAAAAGAACAAUAUAAAGGAAGCCUCUGAACUUUUGAAGAAUAUGGGGUUUGAUGUAAAAGGCCAAUUGCUCAAGAUAUGCUUCUACACAACUGAUAAACAUAUACGUGACUUUUUGGUUGAAAUUUUAAAAGAAAAAAAUUAUUUUUCUGAAAAAGAGAAAAGAACUAUAGACUUCGUGCAUCAAGUUGAGAAGCUUUAUUUGGGACAUUUCCAAGAAAAUAUGCAAAUCCAGUCAUUUCCCAGGUAUUGGAUAAAGGAACAAGAUUUUUUCAAGCACAAAUCCGUUUUGGACUCAUUCCUGAAAUAUGAUUGUAAAGAUGAAUUUAACAAACAGGACCAUAGAAUUGUGUUAAAUUGGGCUCUGUGGUGGGAUCAACUAACACAGGAAUCCAUCAUUCUCCCCAGGAUAAGUCCAGAAGAAUACAAAUCAUAUUCCCCUGAAGCCCUCUGGAGAUACCUCACAGCUCGCCAUGAUUGGUUAAACAUUAUCUUAUGGAUUGGAGAAUUUCAAACCCAGCAUGGUUAUACUUCAUUUCAGCAGAACAAAUGGCCCCUUCUGACUACUGAUGUUAUUAACCAGAAUACUUCCUGUAACAACUACAUGAGGAAUGAAAUUUUAGAUAAGCUGGCCAGGAAUGGGAUUUUUCUGGCAUCUGAACUGGAAGACUUUGAAUGCUUCCUCCUAAGACUGAGCCGUAUUGGAGGUGUAAUACAGGAUACCCUCCCUGUUCAAAACUACAAGACCAAAGAAGGUUGGGAUUUCCAUUCUCAAUUCAUUCUCUAUUGUUUGGAGCACAGUCUGCAGCAUCUUCUUUAUGUCUACCUUGACUGUUACAAACUUAGUCCUGAAAAUUGUCCCUUUUUGGAAAAAAAAGAGUUACAUGAAGCACACCCUUGGUUUGAAUUUUUAGUUCAGUGUCGACAAGUUGCCAGUAAUUUAACAGAUCCCAAACUGAUCUUCCAGGCUAGCCUCGCAAAUGCUCAGAUUUUGAUUCCCACCAAUCAGGCCAGUGUAAGCAGUAUGCUAUUGGAAGGACAUACCCUCCUGGCCCUUGCUACUACAAUGUAUUCUCCUGGGGGUGUCAGCCAGGUUGUUCAGAAUGAAGAAAAUGAAAACUGUUUGAAGAAAGUGGAUCCCCAGCUUUUGAAGAUGGCAUUAACUCCUUACCCCAAGCUAAAAACUGCUCUCUUCCCACAGUGCACUCCUCCUAGUGUCCUGCCAUCUGAUAUUACACUCUACCACCUUAUUCAGUCAUUAUCACCCUUUGAUCCUAGCAGAUUGUUUGGCUGGCAGUCUGCUAACACACUAGCUAUAGGAGAUGCAUGGAGUCAUCUCCCACAUUUCUCUAGCCCUGACCUGGUUAAUAAAUACGCUGUAGUGGAACGUCUGAAUUUUGCUUAUUAUUUACAUCAUGGACGGCCAUCAUUUGCAUUUGGUACUUUUCUGGUCCAGGAAUUAAUCAAAAGCAAGACUCCCAAGCAACUGAUCCAGCAAGUAGGCAAUGAAGCCUAUGUUAUAGGGCUCUCCUCCUUCCACAUACCUUCAGUAGGAGCUGCAUGUGUUUGUUUCUUAGAAUUGCUUGGCCUUGACAGCCUCAAACUCAGAGUUGAUAUGAAAGUGGCCAAUAUAAUUUUGAGAUACAAGUGCAGAAAUGAAGAUGCUCAGUACAGCUUUAUCAGAGAGUCUGUAGCCGAAAAAUUAUCUAAACUAGCUGAUGGUGAAAAGGCAACCACAGAAGAAUUGCUUGUUCUCUUAGAAGAAGGCACAUGGAACAGCAUUCAGCAACAGGAAAUAAAGAGGUUAUCCAGUGAAUCUAGCAGCCAGUGGGCAUUAGUGGUACAGUUCUGCAGGCUACACGAUAUGAAACUAAGCAUAUCUUACCUUAGAGAAUGUGCCAAAGCAAAUGAUUGGCUGCAGUUCAUUAUUCACAGCCAACUCCACAACUACCACCCAGCAGAGGUGAAAUCCCUUAUCCAGUACUUCAGCCCAGUCAUUCAGGACCACUUAAGGCUGGCUUUUGAGAACUUGCCCUUAGUGCCCACCUCAAAAAUGGACAUCAAUCAAGUCUGCAAUAAGUCCUCCCAGGAACUUCAGGGAAGCAAAGAAGUGAUGACCGAUUUAUUUGAAAUUCUGCUCCAAUGCUCAGAGGAGCCAGACUCCUGGCACUGGCUUCUGGUUGAAGCAGUGAAACAACAGGCCCCUAUCCUCAGUGUUCUGGCCUCAUGUCUCCAGGGUGCCAGUGCCAUUUCUUGUCUCUGUGUUUGGAUCAUCACUUCUGUGGAGGACAGUGUUGCAACUGAAGCCAUGGGACACAUUCAGGACUCGAUAGAGGACCAUACCUGGAACCUUGAGGAUCUUUCAGUCAUCUGGAGAGCAUUAUUAACAAGACAGAAGAGCAAAACUCUCAUCAGAGGUUUCCAGCUUUUCUUUAAGGAUUCCCCAUUACUAUUGGUGAUGGAGAUGUAUGAACUGUGUAUGUUCUUCAAGAAUUAUAAAGAAGCUGAAGCUAAACUUCUGGAGUUUCAGGAGAGCCUUGAAAUACUUAACACAGCAGCCACAAAGGUCCAUCCUGUCAUCCCUGCUAUGUGGCUGGAGGAUCAGGUGUGUUUCCUUUUGAAGCUUAUGCUACAGCAGUGUAAGACCCCAUAUGAGCUGGGGAAGCUUUUACAGCUCUUUGUUGAAAGAGAGCAUCUCUUCUCUGAUGGUCCAGAUGUGAAAAAGCUGUAUGUCCUUUGCCAAAUUUUGAAGGAUACAUCCAUAGCCAUUAAUCAUAUAAUUAUUACCUGCUACAGCAUUGAGAAUUUUCAGCAUGAAUGUAAAUCUAUUUUGGAAAGACUGCAGACAGACGGACAGUUCGCUUUGGCCAGGAGGGUAGCAGAAUUAGCUGAGUUACCUGUGGACAACUUGGUUAUUAAAGAGAUAACACAGGAAAUGCAGACUCUAAAACACAUUGAACAGUGGUCACUAAAACAAGCAAGAAUUGACUUCUGGAAAAAAUGCCAUGAGAAUUUUAAGAAACAUUCAAUUUCAAGCAAAGCAGCUUCUUCCUUUUUCUCAACUCAGGCCCAUGUGGCAUGUGAGCACCCAGCUGGAUGGAGCAGCAUUGAGGAACGCCAUCUGCUGCUCACCUUGGCAGGGCACUGGCUUGCCCAGGAGGAUGUGGUGCCCUUGGACAAGCUGGAGGAGCUGGAGAAGCAGAUCUGGCUCUGCCGCAUCACCCAGCACACUCUUGGAAGAAAUCAGGAGGAAACAGAGCCCAAAUUUUCUCGACAGAUCUCAACUAGUGGUGAACUUUCCUUUGAUAGUUUAGCCAGGGAGUUUUCCUUCUCCAAGUUGGCUGCUCUGAACACAUCAAAAUACUUAGAACUUAACAGCCUUCCAUCCAAAGAGACAUGCGAGAAUAGACUGGAUUGGAAAGAGCAGGAGUCACUAAACUUUUUGAUUGGACGCCUACUGGAUGAUGGCUGUGUGCAUGAAGCAAGUAGAGUAUGCCGGUAUUUUCAUUUCUAUAAUCGAGAUGUCGCCUUGGUGUUGCACUGCAGAGCACUGGCCUCAGGAGAAGCUAGUAUGGAGGAUCUGCACCCAGAGAUCCAUGCUCUCCUACAAAGUGCUGAGCUGCUUGAGGAAGAACCCGACAUUCCCCUAAGGAGAGUCCACAGCACUUCAAGUCUGGAUAGUCAGAAGUUUGUGACAGUGCCCUCCAGUGAUGAAGUGGUGACUAACCUGGAAGUGCUGACAAGUAAAUGCCUCCAUGGAAAGAACUACUGUCGACAGGUCCUCUGUCUGUAUGAUCUUGCCAAGGAGUUGGGCUGUUCCUACACAGAUGUUGCUGCUCAGGAUGGUGAAGCCAUGCUCCGGGAAAUCUUGGCCUCUCAGCAGCCUGACCGAUGCAAACGAGCCCAGGCCUUCAUCAGCACACAGGGCCUUAAGCCAGAUACUGUGGCUGAACUCGUGGCAGAAGAGGUGACACGGGAGCUGCUUACUUCAUCACAGGGAACAGGACAUAAGCAGAUGUUCAACCCAACAGAGGAAAGCCAGGCAUUUCUUCAGCUGACCACUCUGUGCCAAGACCACACAUUGGUAGGCAUGAAGUUGUUGGAUAAGAUUUCCUCCGUUCCCCAUGGGGAAUUGUCUUGCACCACAGAGCUCCUGAUCCUGGCCCAUCAUUGCUUCACCCUGACGUGCCACAUGGAGGGCAUCAUCCGAGUCCUACAGGCCGCCCGGAUGCUCACAGAUAACCACCUAGCCCCCAGUGAGGAGUAUGGGCUGGUGGUACGGCUCCUCACUGGCAUUGGAAGGUACAACGAGAUGACAUACAUAUUUGAUUUGCUGCAUAAAAAGCACUACUUUGAAGUGCUGAUGAGGAAGAAGUUGGAUCCGAGUGGUACCCUGAAGACAGCCCUGCUGGACUACAUCAAACGCUGCCGUCCUGGAGACAGUGAGAAGCACAAUAUGAUUGCCCUGUGCUUCAGCAUGUGCCGGGAGAUUGGCGAGAACCACGAGGCAGCUGCCCGCAUCCAACUGAAACUGAUUGAGUCUCAGCCCUGGGAGGACAGUCUCAAGGAUGGGCACCAACUGAAGCAACUGCUGCUGAAGGCCCUGACUCUGAUGCUGGAUGCAGCAGAGAGUUAUGCCAAGGACUCCUGUGUGCGACAGGCCCAGCACUGUCAGCGGCUCACCAAGUUGAUAACUCUGCAGAUUCACUUUCUGAACACUGGCCAGAACACCAUGCUCAUCAACUUGGGCCGCCACAAGCUAAUGGACUGUAUUCUGGCCCUACCUCGGUUCUACCAGGCUUCUAUUGUGGCUGAGGCCUAUGAUUUUGUUCCAGAUUGGGCUGAAAUUUUAUACCAGCAAGUGAUACUUAAAGGAGACUUUAAUUACUUGGAAGAAUUUAAGCAGCAAAGGUUAUUAAAGUCCAGUAUAUUUGAAGACAUUUCCAAAAAAUAUAAACAACAUCAGCCUACUGACAUGGUCAUGGAAAACCUGAAGAAAUUACUCACAUAUUGUGAAGAUGUUUACCUGUAUUACAAGUUGGCAUAUGAACACAAGUUUUAUGAAACUGUAAAUGUGCUUCUGAAGGACCCUCAGACAGGCUGCUGUCUAAAGGACAUGCUAGCAGGUUAGAUGAUUUCAUAGGUGCCUGUUUUCUUGUACUGUUAGCAGGUUCUGACAGAUGAGAUGAGUAGAAUAAUGCAUUGGAGAUCUUUGUUAAAGUUGAACAAUCCCAGUACUGUACCAUAUCAGUCCUUUGUGGGUAGUAGGCAGCAAAUGAGAAACUUUUCAGAAGGAAAUUCCUAUUUGAAAUGGACUGAUUUUAGAUGACUGUUCAUCUAUACCAUUUUAUAUAGAUACUAGUAUUAAGAUCAAAAGCUUCCUCUUCCUCAGGACAGCUUCUACUUUAGAUGAUCCAAUAGUAAUUAAAGAAUAUACCUGUACCUGCAGAUUCCAGUUUCAAAGAAAUUUAAUAUUAUUUACACAGUUAAGGAACAGGUGAUACAUUUUCAUUUGUUAGAAACUGAUCUUUCUGUAAUAAAAUAGAUUUUCAAUUCA